UUACAUAACUCGUUACGGGCUCCUUGUGGCCCGACUUCCGGCUCUCUGCGACCCCAGGAUGCGUUGAGCCCCACGGCGCCGUGCGCUGCGGCCGGCUCCCAACUGAGGUGUGAAUGACAGAGGUGGUGCCAUCCAGCGCCCUCAGCGAGGUCAGCCUGCGCCUCCUCUGCCACGAUGACAUAGACACUGUGAAGCAUCUCUGUGGCGACUGGUUCCCCAUUGAGUACCCAGACUCAUGGUAUCGUGACAUCACCUCCAAUAAGAAGUUCUUUUCACUUGCCGCAACCUACAGGGGCACCAUUGUAGGAAUGAUAGUAGCUGAGAUAAAAAGUAGGACCAAGAUACACAAGGAGGAUGGAGAUAUACUAGCCUCCAACUUCUCUGUUGACACACAAGUUGCAUACAUUCUAAGUCUGGGAGUAGUGAAGGAAUUCAGAAAGCACGGCAUAGGUUCUCUUUUACUUGAGAGUUUAAAGGAUCACAUAUCCACCACCGCCCAGGACCACUGCAAAGCCAUCUACCUGCACGUCCUCACCACCAACAACACAGCAAUAAACUUCUACGAAAACAGAGACUUUAAGCAGCACCACUAUCUCCCCUAUUACUACUCCAUCCGUGGGGUCCUCAAAGAUGGCUUCACCUACGUCCUUUACAUCAAUGGCGGCCACCCUCCCUGGACCAUCCUGGACUACAUCCAGCACCUGGGCUCUGCUCUAGCAAACCUGAGCCCCUGCUCCAUCCCACACAGGAUUUACCGCCAGGCCCACAGCCUGCUCUGCAGCUUCCUGCCAUGGUCCAGCAUUUCCACCAAGGGCGGCAUUGAGUAUAGCCGGACCAUGUGAUGCCAACCGGGCAGCCUCCAACAGGUCCCACCCCUUGGCGCCCUGUGGAGCCCACCUUCCUGGCCACCUGACCUCGGCUGUACUCUGUAGAGGAGCUGGCCCGUUGCCUGCCCCAGCUGCAGGCCCGGUGCUACAUGGGCUCAGGAGCAGAGAGUCGUGAGGCGGGUGUGCCUGGUCUCCAACAGGCUCUUCAGCCCUCCUUCCUGCUCUGGAAACCUCUGCCCAUCCCCUGGUGUGGCUCCCACGUGAGUGCACCAGCCCACACAUGGGAUGGCCAUAGUGUUCACUGUGGUCAGUUUCUUCUGCUGCCUUGGAAGUAAAGGGGCAGGAGGGGGCUUCCUUCCCUGCACCUCUUCACCGGACUCUUCCCCUGUACUUCCUGUUUCUUCCAACUCCUUCCUCCAAAGCCAGAAUGAACUUCUGGGAUGGAGGAACCCAAGUGUUGUAGACAGACUUGACCCUAAAGACACAGGAGCCUCAGAACAAUGAAGGGGUGAAAUAAACCCUUGUCCAGAAUCAGCUCACAAAAGCCUGGGGGGUAGGGAGCAGCCCCUACCUACCCAGGGCUGGCAAGUGGUGGACAGUGAGGGAAGCUUUUCACCCAACCACAGAGCUCUGAGGCUUAGUUCCCUAACAUGGUCAUCAGAUGGUGGGAAAGUUUUCCACUCCUCUGCGGCCAGUCCUGCUCUCCCAGAGAGUGAGGAAUUACCCAUCACAUGCUGGAUGUGCCAUGCAGCUGAACUGCUGCAGGGAGCCAGGCUGAGGACAGGUGCUGGUGGGUGUCCUGGGGGUCCUCCCCUCCAGCCCUUCAGUCCCAUGAGAUUUGGUUCCAAGGCCUAGCCAGAUGUAGACAAGAAGAAGCUGAGUGUGCUGUUGGUCAAGUAGGACCUGGCCCUUGGGACUGGAGGCAGUCACGUGCCUUGUGGUCCCUCAGCCUCUGGGGGCAGAGACAGAAGAGGCUGUGUCAGUACCAGGAAGCAUGUACGUGGACAUCACUUGCUGCCGGCAUUCCCCUCCACUUCAUCCCCCAAAGCUGCCUGCUCCCUGCCCUCCCCUCCAGAGGAGAGAUGGUUGGCGGAGCCGUGCCCAGCAUUGCUGCAGUGUCACGGAGCCCUCACCAUGGUACACCAGCCCGAGUGGGAGGAGAAGGAAUAGCCAGGCAAGGGGUCUCGGACUGGCACCCUUCCUUCCCUUGGAAUUCCCAGCCCAGGGGCUCUUCUGGCUCUACGGUAGAGGACGGGCAUGUCUUGAGAUGAAGGUGAGCUUGGGCAGGAAAAUCACCCCUCCUUCCCUGGCCACUUCACACCAUUGCUGACUGGUCCUUACUCUGCCCUGACUUUAGCUUCGAGCUGAGGCCCAGCUCGGUGUCCUCUCUAAUCGGAAUCAACGGUUAUCAUGUGGUUUUUAUUUCUGCCUCUUGGAGGAAGGGGAGAAUCUUCCUGAAGGUUUUGCCUUGGACAUUCGUAAUUGAGCCAAGGCUUUGUCCUCCCCUUUCCUCCUUGCCCCCGAUCACAGCAGUGUCCAGCCCAGUGUUGAACAGAUUGUAGUGUUUUGUUUCAUUACAAACAAAUAAAUAGAUUUUAAUUGGUCA